AUGACAUUGCACAGGUCAGGCGCUGGGGCAGACCAGCGCACAGAAACAUUCCGCAUCAACGUCUGUCGCGUUGAAAGAACCCUCACCACCUAUCUCCCAGCGAGAGGACACCUUCGAUACAAGGAGUUUGAUUGGGUUAAUAUCAUAAUACUCAGUGGUAUGCACCUUCUUGUGUGCAUUGGUGCUUUUGGGACCCCUUUGCAACUUGAAACUGCGAUUUGGAUGUGCAUAUAUGAUUUCUUCAUUGCCCUUUCUCUUACUGCUGGCUAUCAUCGCCUCUGGUCUCACAAGUCGUACCGUGCUCGUCUACCGCUCAGAAUAUGUCUGGCUACAUUAGGAGCUGGCGCAUUCCAAUGGUCUAUCAAAUGGUGGUCAUAUAAGCAUCGCGCGCACCACCGUUAUAUUGAUACCGAUUUGGAUCCGUAUAAUGCUCGCAAGGGUCUUUUCUAUUCUCAUAUCGGCUGGCUGUUUCACAAAGAUGAAGGUAAACAGACUGGGAAGAUAGAUAGCACCGACUUGAACGAGGACCCCGUUGUUAUCUGGCAGCAACGCAUCUAUGUUCCUCUGUCCAUACUGGCAGGCGUUGUAUUUCCAAGUCUGGUAGCCAGCUUGUGGGAUGAUUUGCCGGGAGGUAUUGUCUAUGCGUCCUGCCUGAGGAUUGUCUUCCGUUGGCACAUGACCUUUUGUACCAAUUCGCUGGCACAUUAUAUGGGAGAGCAGCCUUUUGAUGAUCGUCACUCUCCGCGCAAUCACCUUUUCACUGCUCUUCUGACUUUAGGCGAGGGAUACCAUAAUUUCCAUCACGAAUUUCCCAAUGAUUACCGAAAUGGCAUUCAAUGGUAUGACUAUGACCCUACGAAGUGGAGUAUAUGGAUAUGGAAACAACUGGGUUUGGCAUCCAGCCUUAACCAAACCCAAGUCAAUGAAACCGAGAAAUCACGUGUGCAACAACUCCAGAAACAUCUUGACAAGAAGCGUGCGACGCUUAUUUGGGGUCCCACACUAGAUGAACUCCCAGCAAUUGAGUGGGAUACGUAUGUCAAAGAAGUCAAGAAUGGUGCCCGUCUUCUAGUUAUAGAGGGGGUCGUGCAUGAUGUUACGGAGUUUAUGGCGGUCCACCCGGGCGGAAGGGCGAUACUGGCCGCCAACAUUGGAAAGGAUGCAACUGGUCUGUUCCUCGGUAAAGUAUACAACCAUUCCAAUGCGGCGAAUAACCUACUAUCCACCAUGAGAGUGGGUGUCAUCAUUGCUCGUAAUGAUGGUGAUGACGGGGACAGUCAUACCUCGGCCGUAUCAACAAGUUUCUCCCGCUGA